GCGCGCGCAUUGAAUGAUUGGUGCGAAAUGUGUUGCGUUUGAUAGCUUCUGCUGUUGUUGUUUAUUAGCGAUAUGAGUUAAAUAAUGGUUUGAAAUGACGGAGAAUGAUUGUUGCUCGAUUCAGACAGAGACGCAGGACUCUGAGAACCGGUUGAAUAUGUGUGAAACUCCUGCUGUUGUGCUUAGUCAUAAACAACGACGAGCUACUCUUAAACGAGAAAGAAGGAAAAGAAAACGACAAGCGCUUGCCAAAAUAAAAGCAGAGAACAGUUUGCAAAAUGAGGAGCUUCAGUCUGAAAAUGAAGAUAACCUGAAGGUUGAUGAGGAGAGUGAGCGGUUACACCAGGAAUGGAUGGAAAGAGAAAGGAUUGCGCAGGAAGAAUUCAAGUUAAAGAAGGAACGAGAGGAUGCAGCACAACAGAGAAAGGAGGAAGAAGAGCGGAGGAUCAGAGAGGAAUGGGAGGAGCAGCAAAGAAAAGACAAAGAGGAGCGGGAGCACAAGGAGCAGGAGAAGAGAGAAAGAGAGGAAGCAGUACAGAAAAUGCUGGAUCAAGCAGAGAGUCAGCUGGAAAAUGGUGGACCCUGGAAAAACCCAGAUGCCCCAAAGGAUUAUGGAACUGAAAAGGACAAGGCAAACUGUCCCUUCUUCCUAAAAACGGGUGCUUGUAGAUUUGGAGACCGGUGCUCCCGAAAACACGACCACCCAGCAUCCAGCUGCACUCUGAUGGUAAGGGGGAUGUUUGUGUCAUUCGGGAUGGAGCAGAGCAGACGUGAUGACUACGACACAGAUGCCAGUCUGGAGUACAGUGAGGAGGAGUUGCACCAGCAGUUCCUGGAUUUCUAUGAAGACGCUUUGCCAGAGUUCAAGAACGCAGGGAGAGUAGUACAGUUCAAGGUGAGCUGCAACUUUGAGCCUCACUUAAGAGGAAAUGUUUACAUUCAGUAUGAGACAGAGGAACAAUGUAAAGAAGCUUUUGUGAUGUUUAAUGGCCGCUGGUAUGCUGGAAGACAACUGCAAUGUGAAUUCUCCCCUGUGACUAGAUGGAAAACAGCUAUAUGUGGACUAUUCGACAGACGGAAAUGUCCAAAGGGAAAACACUGCAACUUCCUUCAUGUAUUCAGAAAUCCAGACAAUGAAUUCUGGGAGGCGGACCGUGAUCUCCACAUGUCACCUGACCGCGGUGGAGGCUUUUCUGCUCGUCACAUGAGUGGCAGAGAUGGAAUGUGGUCACAACGUGGAAAUAGCUCUGAACGAUUCCAGCGAAGGAGAACAGACCGAAGGAGUCACAGCCGUGAACGAUACAGUUACAGGGGAAGGCGGAGUCGGAGCAGGGAGAGGCGGAGUCGGAGCAGGGAGAGGCGGAGUCGAAGCAGGGAGAGGCGGAGUCGCAGUAGGGAGAGGCACAAUCGAAACAGGGAAAGACAGAGUCGUAGCAGAAGCAGAGAGAGCAGGAAGUCUGAGAACUCGAUAAGGAGAUCAACAUCUCAAAGAGAGCAGUCUAGGAGGAGUAGAAGCCGUUCCCAAAGCAGAGAUCGAUUGAAGCAAAGCGAUUCAGCAGACUCUAGAAAAAAGAUGUCAAAAUCAAACAGUCCAGAACAUGUCUCCAAAAAUGGGUCUGGAAAAAGGAAGAGUCACAGGAAGGAAAGCCAAAGCCCAGAAAACACUGACCGGAUGGAUACACAUCACCACAAGCACUCGAAAAAGAGCAAGAAGAAGAAGGGCAAAAAGAAGCACAAAAAAAAGAAGAGUAAAUCACACAGCUCAAGCUCGUCUGCAGGGUCUGAUGAAGAGUCCCACAUUGAAGUAUGUGCGGAAACACCAUCUAAAUCACAAGCUACUGUUGAUGAAUGUCCAGCUGCUGCGUCCAGCACAGGUUCACCAGAAGAUAAAGGAGAGGCCACAACUUUGGACUGUUGUCAUCCAGAGGAAGAAAUCCAGUCCACGGUAAUAGAUGCUACCAGUUCUAAUAGCAUCUCACCAUCUGGAUAAUUAUACAAAGUAAUUGUGUUUCUGUUGCCUUAAAGGGUUAGUUCACUCAAAAAUGAAAAUUUCUGCUAUUAAUUACUCCCCCUCAUGUCGUUUCAAUUCCCUGAACACAAAUUUAAGAUAUUUUAGGUGAAAUCUGAGAGCUCUUGCAUCUUCUAUAGCAGUGUUUCUCAACCAUGUUCACGGAGGACCUUCAACACUGCAUGUUUUGGAUGUCUCCUUUCUCUGUCACACCCAUUAAAGGUCUUUCAGUCUCUGCUAAUGAGCUGAUGGUCUGAAUCGGGUGUGUUUGUGUUAAGGACAUGUGGAAAGUGUGCAGAGCUGAUGGUCCUCCAGGAACGUGGUUGAGAAACACUGCUCUAUAAACAUAAUAAGAACCAAAAACAUUGUCAAGACAUUCUCUUAAAAUACUAUUUUUGCUGCUUGUUCAAACUACUUAUCAACAUAAUUCUUCAUUUUUUUUGGGGACAACUUAAUUGUUUUAUUUUCAAUCCACUUAAAUAAAAACAAGGAAUUGUUUGAAACCCAGAAUUGUUUUACACUGUUUCAUGUCACUUCAGUGUUUUAACUGUAAUAUAAAAACUGUAAAUAUAACUUUGUUGGCUCAUAUCUUCACUCACGCAUCAGUUUGAUGGUUUCGUGUUUACUAAAUAUUGGCAAUACUCAAUAUUGCCAUUAGAGUCUUGUUCUUGGCGCUUCAAAGAAUUACAGUUGAACCACUGAAGUCACAUGGAGUGUUUUGGCAAUUUUUCUUGUUUUCAAUUUUCCUUUUCUUGUUCAGACUGUUGCUGUCUGUGGAGAAUCAGGGAGCACUCAGAUUUAAUGUAAAAUAUGUUUAUUUGUGUUGUGAAGAUGAACAAAAGUCUGAGGGUCAAAACAAAACAACUGAGGGUGAGUCAUCGUAGUAAAAGAGUUUUCAUUCUUGAAUGAAAUAACCCUUUAAUGCAGUUAAUGUUAUUUUAGUUGGCAUAACUGAUAUUUUGGCUGGUUUUCUGACUGAUAAAUACUUGCCUGUACAGUUGUAAUUAAAUUUA